AUGAAAACUAAGAAGGGCGGUGCAUCUAUGUAUCAAUUCCACAAUCUAACUCAGCGGACGUCAAACCCAGAAUGCAACAAUGUCAACAACAAUACUGAAUAUUACACGGCCAUUAAUGGCGACGGUGGCGAUGUUUACACCUCAAACCGAACGGAUGAUCAAGUUAGCCAGGGUCACGCCGAUCUACCGCAACAAACAAACAUUAAUUCCCACGGAUUUCCGCAUCGUCAAUUUGCGAAUGACAAACCUGCCAGCAGGAGUUCUUACGCGUUAUUGGAUUCUUCAGCUGAAGAGACGGAACUUUCGGCAAAGCAACGUCAACCAUGGCUACCUCUCUACUCGAGGAGGCCUGUGUUCGUCGCCUUCGCGAUUUUGUUUGGCGCUAUGCUGAUAUCACUCGAAAUUCUCUUUACUCUAUCUCGGAAACAUCAAGGCCUAACCGAAAGCUCUUCGAAUCUUCGCUAUUUAUGGACAUACGGGCCGACUGCGAUCCUAACAUUGAUACACGCCUUCUGGAACCGUGUCGACUACGAUGCUAAGAUAGCGGCACCGUGGCUACGUGAUAGUCCCGGGUGUAUCGGCCGAGAAUCUCUACUAGUCGAUUAUCUUGACGACUAUCCACCGCAGGUGCUUCACAGGGCAUUCAAGCGUCGAGACUGGCCAGUAGCUGCGAGUGCGACUAUAUCGCUACUACUCACCACUUUGGUCGUAUUUUCUACAGGUCUAUUCACGCUCUCACAAGUGGAAAUAACGGAUUACGCAGUACCAAUAACAUUAACAAGCCAGUUUAUCAAUAACCCAAGUCGUCUCAAGAGUCCAUCGAAUCUCCCCGCCUAUAGUGUCGAGGGAUUGACUCACGGCAUUUUAUCUUACCCGAACGGCUUUUCGGAUCGAUUUGCUUAUCAGACGUUCGAAUUCGUAAAGCCGGGAAUCAAGGAGUUGAACGUGACAGUAAAUGGCAUGUAUUUUGGGUUUAAUUUCACCCCUGCGACUAUUGACACGGUUCAAUUGGAUGGCAUAUAUUGCGGUACUCCUGAGAAUGGGUUUCUCCAUCAGAAUCAAACCUUAUUCGUUAAGCAUGGGGAUUGCGUCAAGGGAAUACCUACCAAUCCUAUGCCUAUCAACAUAGCUAUGGGAUGUAACCCGAAUACUACAACCGUUGCAGAGUCUUUGGUGGACUUAGUACCAGUAGAUGGACUUACUCCUGGGCAUUGUGGUUCCGCGAAUUUGGAUCAUAAGCGUCUUGUUUUUUACUCCGUCAAGAUACGUCCCAGAGUUGUAAACGAAACUAAAACGACAUAUCGGAACCGAUCGGGGUUAAUUGAAGAGUUUGAGGUCUCCCUAGAUCGAUCCUCGUCUAUAGUAUCCGUUUUACGGGAUAGAAUCGGUCGACGUCUUUCGGGAUGGCACGGAGGUAUCCAUGCUUGGGAUGUAAUCCAAGGCCUUUCCAAUCCUUUUGACUACGACAAACUCGAAAAUAUACCGAUUAACUUGAGAAUCACAACCAAUACGACCACAGGACCCAACGCUCUAUUUAUCCUAGAUGCCUAUAGAGGCUCGAAAUUGAACUUCCCUUCUCUAUUGAAUACCACGACCCUAGAAACUUUACUAAACAAUUACUAUCUAAAAUACGCGGCGUUUCGUUUCCGGUCACUCAUGGAGACAGCCAAUAUCACAUCAACUGCUACCGCUUUAAGAAGUACGGAUCGUUUGUUAGUUCAACCAAUGGCCUGCCAGAUGAUGGCUAGUAUAAUGAUGCUUGCCAUGUUGAUGCUCCUAUCAUCAUUCAUGAUAACACCAAGGAAAAUACCUCGCUCAGUAGAGCCUGGAUCUAUAUUGGCGACCGCCACCCUUGUUGAUCGCCCAACGGCAUCGGCGUUUCCGUACAGGCUAGGGGCAACAAAUAAGAGAGUUCUCGGCUCCAAAGUUAAUGGCCGAGAAAAUAGCGGUACAGUGCGUUGCAAUUCCAUUAGAACUAACCGCUCAACGACGACCAACAAGGCUGUAAGAGAAAGUAAUGGCCUCGUUGAAUCAGCUAGGAAUCCCGAUUUUACCUACCCACUCGUUCUGAAACCUAUUUCGCGAAUCUCGGUAUACGGCCUGAUUAUAGGAUGUAUAGUUACCUUAGAGAUUACGCUACAGAAGUCACUCCAUUUUCAGGGCUUAGGAGACGUUCAAAGCGAUACAUAUGUUCAUUAUCUGUGGACGCUUCUCUCUGCCACUAUACUUAUAUCGGCUUCGGCUCUAGGUUGCAACGAUACACUCGAAACUGUAGACGUUAACAUGUCGUUCAUAACGCCUCGACUUCAACUCGACCAAGCGCACCCACCCGCGCCGAUCGAAUCGACGUCACGACCAGCUCCGGCUGAAAUUACGAUUUUUAGUACAACUUAUGAAAUUGGCGUUUUUAUGACGAACUAUUUAUACGCAUCGUUGGAAUCUAUCCCACCGGACAGUAAUAUCACAGUAUUCGAUGCAUUCUUUGAACAGCUCGUCACUUCCCGAUACGCUAUUCCCCUCUCCGCGAUGAGUGAUCCCACACAGGUUGAAGUUGUUAGAGAUGCCAUCAUAUUCCAGCACGGAAUCAUCGCCGCCCAGUGGUACAAUGAACAUCUCCGUGUUAAUGUCUCAAGCGAUACGUCGGGGUCGGUUUUCCCAUCGUUAUCCAAUCUCGCUGAAAACAAUACUGGAUUUUACACGGGCACAGCUACAAACCCAUACGGAAGGAACCGACUUAUGCAAGACGAAGCGUCCACGCGUGUAAUCCAGGCGCUACUACUAAUCACGUUGAUUCUUCUGUACUGGGCUGGAUCCUAG